GCUGUUGAACCUCUAGUAACUGUAUCAGUCGAUUUGUUGUUCUUAAGCCAUUCAGUAGCAAUUCGUAGCAAAAUACAUUCAAUCAUGUCUUUCAAAUUGUUCAUCGUGCUUGUUGUCUGCAUUGGCACCAUCGCAGCUCAGCAUUAUUAUCAACAGGCUCACAACAGUUAUCAUCAGGAAGAAGAACACUACGCUCCUGCCCACUACGAGUUCCACUACGAUGUUCACGAUGAUCAUACCGGAGAUGUGCACGGGCAGAAGGAAACUCGCGAGGGAGAUAAGACCCAGGGAGAAUACUAUCUGAUUGAUGCCGAUGGUCACAAGCGCACUGUCACUUAUCAUGUUGAUGGCAAGAGUGGAUUCAUCGCUGAGGUUCACCGUGAGCCAAUCAAGGGAUACCAGGCACCUCAGCCGGUGCACAAGAUCGUGGCAGCUCCAGUUCAGCAGCACUACUAUCAUCACUAGGCGUUUGCAAAGAACAACGAAAGAUAUUCAUUAAUUUAGCAAAAUUUAGUCAAAAUAAAUUCUU